GCUCCAAUCGCUGACGGAGAAAUGUCCUGACGUCAUUCCACAGCUUCCGGGCUGCUAGCGCUGGUCCAGGUGAUGCUCAAAUUUAGAAUUUCACUUAAUUUUACAUACGUUUAAUAAUAGACGGGCAGCUGCGAUUCAGAACCGAAAGCACCCCGUUAAUAGACUGUAUCGACAUCAUGUCAGAUCACCGGUAACCACGACAAAAAGACCGGAUACGACCCCUUCAACGACGCGGAAAGGAGGUCUGGUUGACCUGCUGCGCCAAAGAACCACCGCCUGCAACCUUCAGCCACAGCAGCAGUCGGAAUAUCAGUGACGAGUGCAGAGCAUCAUUGCUUCGCCUGAUUUGAUUCACAUCCAGCGCUGACUUCAUCCCCCAAACAUGAGGUUGAAGGAGGACAUGAACCCCCUGCUGCUGCAGGUCUUCCGCUCUGUUGUCUGGGUCUACUCGGUCAUCACCUUCAUACCCUGGUACUUCUUCUCCGGGGCCGGCGACAACUUGGAACGGGCUCGCCGGAUCAAGGCGAGCUCAGUUAGUGGCCACCCAGCAGGGCCUUACAGGGCCAUCAACAGCCAAGAGAAGCUGUCGGCAUGGCUGCACCCUAGGGUGGACACCCUGGACAAGAUGUUUGAAUACGCUACGAGUCGGUUUCCAAAGAGAGACUGUCUGGGCACCAGGGAGGUGCUCAGUGAGGAGGAUGAGCUCCAGCCCAACGGCAAGGUCUUCAAAAAGGUAAUACUCGGGAACUAUAACUGGCUGUCAUACGAGGACACCUACGGGGCGGCAAAGUGUUUUGGCAGCGGCCUGGCAGCGCUCGGCCAGAAGCCCCAGUGUAACAUCGCCAUCUUCUGUGAGACCAGAGCAGAGUGGGUCGUAGCAGCACAAGCCUGCUUCAUGUACAAUUUCCCACUUGUGACCCUGUAUUCCACCCUCGGACCCAUGGCCAUCGCGCACGGCCUGAACGAGACGGAGAUCACGCACAUCAUCACAAGCAAAGACUUGCUUCAGAGCCGUCUCAAGGCCAUAGUGUGUGAUGUUCCGAGACUGCAGUAUAUCAUUGUAGUCGACAGUAAACCCACAAGCUGGCCAAACAUUCCCAGGGGCAUCAUGGUCUACAGCAUGGAUGCGGUGAAAGAGAUGGGAUCCAAGCCUGAGAACAUAGCUGUAGACCGCAGACAGCCAGAGAACUCAGACCUCGCGGUCAUCAUGUACACCAGCGGCUCCACAGGCAUCCCCAAGGGUGUCAUGAUCUCCCAUGGCAACAUCAUUGCUGGCAUCACUGGCAUGGCUGAGCGACUCCCUAACCUCAAUGAAACGGACACGUAUAUCGGCUACCUGCCGUUGGCGCAUGUUUUGGAGCUCAGCGCUGAACUUGUGUGCAUCUCUCACGGCUGUCGCAUCGGCUACUCCUCCCCUCAGACUCUAGCUGAUCAGUCUACCAAGAUAAAGAAGGGCAGUAAAGGGGACACCAGUGUGCUGAAACCUACUCUCAUGGCUGCUGUACCAGAGAUCAUGGAUCGGAUCUACAAGAAUGUGAUGACCAAAGUAGAGGAGAUGAGCAAACUCCAGAAGACGCUCUUUGUGCUGGCCUACAACUACAAGAUGGAGCAGAUCUCCAAGGGCUACGGCACGCCUCUCUGUGACAGUCUGGUGUUUAAACGGGUGCGUGCACUCCUGGGAGGGAACAUGCGGGUUCUGCUUUCUGGCGGGGCUCCACUGUCAGCUGCCACACAACGCUUCAUGAACAUCUGCCUGUGCUGCCCUGUGGGGCAGGGCUACGGCCUGACGGAGACCUGUGGAGCCGGCACCAUCAGUGAGAUUUGGGACUACAGCACAGGGCGGGUUGGUGCGCCACUGGUUUGCUCAGAGAUCAAACUGAAGGACUGGGAGGAGGGUGGUUACUACAGCACAGACAAGCCCAACCCACGGGGGGAAAUUGUAAUUGGCGGUCCAAAUGUAACCAUGGGCUACUACAAAAAUGAAACCAAAAACCGUGAGGAUUUCUUUGUGGAUGAGCGCGGCCAGAGAUGGUUCUGUACAGGAGACAUCGGAGAGUUCCACGCUGACGGAUGCCUCAAGAUCAUCGACCGUAAGAAGGACCUGGUGAAAUUGCAGGCAGGCGAGUACGUCUCUCUAGGAAAAGUGGAGGCUGUUUUGAAGAACUGCUCACUCAUAGACAACAUCUGUGCCUAUGCCAACAGCGACGAGUCGUAUGUGAUAAGCUUCGUGGUUCCCAACCACAAGCAGCUAAUGGUGCUGGCGGAGCAGAUGCAGGUGAGGGGCACAUGGGAGGAGAUGUGCAACAAUUCCCAGAUGGAGAAAGAGGUCCUACGCAUCAUUACCGAGGCCGCUAUCUCAGCACAAAUGGAGCGAUUUGAGAUUCCCAAGAAGAUCCGUCUGAGUGCUGAACCCUGGACGCCAGAGACCGGGCUGGUCACUGACGCAUUCAAACUGAAACGCAAGGAGCUCAAAACACACUACCAAGACGACAUUGAGAGGAUGUACGGGGGGAAAUAACACAUAGACACACUCCUAGCAACAUGUAUAUGUAUGUGUGUAUAUAUAUAUAUAUAUAUAUAUAUAUAUAUAUAUAUAUAUAUAUAUAUAUAUAUAUAUAUAUAUGUAUGUGUGUAUAUAUAUAUACACUUGUACACAUGCACACAUGUACAAGGAGCUCAGAAGCCACUAUACUUGGAAUACUUGGAGAGGAGUUAUACUAUAGAUACAGCUAGCGCACACAUCAUUAGAGACACAUAAGAGCGUCUCACGCAGCUUCCCUCUGACCAGCUUCGAUCAAAAGCGGGGGGAAAACUCUUGCUCAAUGCUCCCUGUCAAGACCAAAAGGCAGAAGGUCCCUCACAGAAAAACUGAACCUGCCGGAUGUGCACGGUGCGACACACUCACCACUCCCCUUUGAUGGAUUUAGCCCCUUGAGUCUCCGUGACAACUGAGGUGGCACACAAAGUCGGCCGUCUAGUCAGGCUAGAUGUAUAUCUGGAUCAAUGUCAGCGCGCCCUCUUUGUUGCUUCGCCCCUGCUUUUUGGAGCCUUCCACCAGUUCAGCAUGGUCGAUGACUUGUAGUACAGAUACCUGGCAGGGAAAAGUGCUGGCAUGAGGCUGAGAGAGGGAUCCCUCCUGUGCUGUAAGUAACAGUCGGGUUGGAAUCAAUGCAGGGCUCUCUAUUCUCUUUUAAUGGCGUCACUGUUUUCUUCAUGUUUGGUUUGUCCGCUUUGAAACCCAUUCGACGAGUGUUUUUGUGUGUGAGGAGAGCGGUGUUGCAAAGCCAUGAGAGAUUGAGCAUUAUCAAGAUGUUUUUUCAUUACAUUUUCCUAAUGUUAUUUUAUGUUUGUAACAUUCUGAGGGUUUUUAUUUCUUCAUCGCCCUGUUUUUUUUAUUGCCAAUUGGUUUAUGCUAAUGUGAUUCAAUGAGCUUUGUUUACACACUUUUUGUUUGUUGUCUUUCCCUCCCCUUCGGCCUGUGUUCCAACAUUUGUACAUGUCAGUGUGUGUUUACUGACUUGACUCGUAGAAGCGAUCCAGUCUUCAGUCUCCUGCUCCUGGCCUUUGCUGCCGGGUCAAACAUCAAUUGUAAAAGGCAUCCAUUGGGACUGUUUCCAUCCCUGCUCUUUGGCCCCAGCUUCAUUUCCCCGCCCCCCCGCCCCCAUCUUCGCAGCCCCUAGAUACGUCCUAACCUGUGUCUUAUUGGUUAUUUUAUUGGUUCAUUGACAUACCGCAGCCCUGCCACAUAUUCCUCCAGUCAUCUCCAAUGCGCUGUAUGGAUGUCUCCAAGGGAACUUUUCCCAGCUUCGAAACAUUGUUCCAUUAGUUCGCCCGGUUACAUUUUGGCUGUACGCAUUAUCCUUUUUUGUUUUGCCAUCGGUCUAGUUACUGUUACUUUUGUCUUUUUUUACUUAUGAAUAUGACUACAAAAUGAAUGUGCAAUAUUUAUACACAAAUUUUAAACUGAAGUAUGUAGGAAGGAGAAGGAAAAAAAACAAGCAUACAGCAGCCCCUCAUAGUGUAUGAAUGUUUAGGCCUUUUGCUCAUGUGGGACGAUCUGUAGGAAAACAAGCAUAGGAAUAAAGGAGAGGGUGGUCCAGAGACACUGAUGGAGCCCCUUUGAACAUACUUUGCUGAACAAUGAAAAGUCCUUCAAUAAUAUAAUGCUUUUUAAUAAGACUGCAAAGUGGAAAACAACACUUGGCAUUGUAGAAAUUGCAUGUUGAAAAGUGUGCAACUGUACCAAAACACUUGAAUAUAUAUUUGAGAGAGAAAUGAGAGGAUCGCACUCCAGUCAAACAACUGAAGAAAAUUGUUCAUAAAUACACUCCUUAUUGAAUUGUGAGUAUACAUAGCAUAAACUCACCAGACCUCAUAGAGAGCAGUUAACACGCGUGUAUCUCCAAAUUGGUUUUGCUGUAUGAUACUGUAUGUGCAAUGUAUAUAAAAGGGUCAACUGUCAUUUGUUUGAUCUCCUGUAUAACGUACACAGUAAUUACUGUAUGUUUUCAAAACCGUGGUUAUUCUCGUUAGGUUAAUGAGCAGAAGAAUAUAAAGUGUUUUGUCAGUGGUCCUUUUGUAAGGGCGACUUCUCUCCCACAGCUUUGCUUGUUCUGAAGAUGUUUAGCGUUAUUAUAGGUACAGUCAGGUACGCUAUCUACUUCUCUUAUCAGAUGUCUACUGACUCAAUAUAGAAGGAUAACUUUAGCAUAAAUAAAUACAAAUGAACAGGCCUAUCAUGAGAUGGGAAGCUGUUUCUCCCUGUUUUUUUUUUUUUAAACUGUUUUUUUUCCUGACAUUUCAGUGGAAGGUCAGUAGCUUACUGUGCUGUGUGCUGCUUUUCCUCUACCUGGCGAGAGGUGGCUAGUUGCCUUCUAACACACAUGCGCUGUCUUCAGGGGUCUUAAGAAUGUGAAGCACUUCCCAUGUUUGGUUGACAGCACACAAUGCCGUGGACUGCUUCACCCAUUGAAACUAAUGGCAAGGCGAAGACAGUGGGUGGUUCAAGGACCGCUCCUUGUUGUUUUCACUUGCGCUGUAAAUAGGUUGAGAGGGGAGGGGAUCAAUGAUUCAAGUUCAUUCAAACUACCAAUAAUUGUACAGGUGUGAAGUCUCCUGUUAACAUAUUUAAGAAUCUCUGUUACCGACUAGUUUUUGGGGUCUCCUCCUUGUUUUGUGCGGUUAAGUGGCCCUGCGAGCCGGGUCUCCUUCCUUAUUUAUUUGUGAUUUGGCCUUGACAAUAAUGUAAUGAAAUGAAUAAAAAAAUAAGUUUGUGUUGUAUUUA